UCCAGAGAUUUUGAAAUCCCUCACCGAUCCUGUUAAAAAUAGAGAUAAACGCAUGGCUGAAAAACAGGAAAAGAUUGCGGUUUGCUUAGCACCCCUGGGUCCAGCCUUAGAAAAACUCUUAACUAAAGAAGGGGACCCAGACCUGGAGAUGAUAACAACUCUGAGCGAUGUUGCUCGAAUGUUGGUGGACGUCCAGCGGGACGAGACCCUGGCGAGGCGCACCAUCAUCCUGCCUCUCUUGAAUCCAGACAUGAAGGAAACUCUCAUCGCCUCUGAAGCCGGACAAUUCUUAUUCGGUGACAAGCUGGCUGACACGCUGAAAGGAGCAGACGCACUCGAUAAGUCAUCUCAGCUGCUAAAACCCAAGGGAAAAACAAUGCAAACGAAAAAUUCCAAGACGUCAAAAAACUGGAAGAGCCCCUCGUACCAAAAGACCAAACGGGCAACGGCCGGGGGGCAUCGCAAGCCGUUCACGCCAGUAGUGAACUCCAGCUACAAGAAAGCCAGCCAUUCCAGGACUCAAUCGAGAUCGAGUCACCACUCGAGAAGGAGUCACCGAUAGAACCUAGCGGAACCUCAUCAGUUGUGGGCCCAACUUUCCCUGGUGGGAGGAAUCUUAUCGAGACAGCAUUUUCACUAAAAAAUUUAUCACCGGAAACAAUCAGAAUCAGCAUUGCAUCACUUCGCGAUUCAACGUUACGACAAUAUAACUCUGCCCUUAAAAAAUGGUGGAAUUUUUGUCAACGCAGUGAGACUCCCGUUUUUUCAGCAGUAAUUCCCGACGUUCUUCAAUUUCUCACCGAAGAACUCAAUGCCGGAGCGUCUUCUGGAACCAUCAACAGCAUGAGAUCGGCUGUGGCCCUACUUCUGGGCCCACACGUGGGAAAAGACGAAUCAGUUAAACGAUUUUGUCGAGGUACGGUAGCCCUACAUCCGACACGUCCUAAAUACAGUUCAACUUGGGAUCCCAAGUUGGUCCUAGAUCACAUAGCAGGAUGGAUUCCAAACGACACUAUCAGUUUAAAGAGGUUAUCCGAAAAAUUGGCAGUCUUGAUGGCGCUGACAACAGCUCAUCGAAUGCAGACCCUGACCUCAAUCUUAAUUGACAAUAUUAUCCACAAAACAGACCGCAUAGAGAUUAAAGUUCCAGCAAUACUAAAAACGUCAGGCCCCAAGCGGCCUCAACCAAACUUGAUUCUUCCUUUCUUCCCGGAAAAUUCAGCCAUUUGCGUUGCAUCAACACUGCAGUCUUACUUGGAGCGCACUCGACCACUGCGCGGAACUGAGAAGGCACUCUUUAUUUCGGGAAAAAAGCCCCACAAUGCAAUAACAAGCCAGACGCUGAGCCAUUGGAUUAAAGACGUACUCAGCAAAAGUGGAGUGGACACGGCAACUUUCUCGGCGUACAGCACACGACACGCGUCCACCUCAGCGGCCAAAGACAGCGGUGUAAACAUCGAUAUGAUUCUGAAAACCGCCGGCUGGACUCCAUCAUCAGAAACCUUUGCCAGGUUCUACAAUCGUCCCAUUCAAGAGGAUCCGAAAACAUUUGCAAGUUCGAUUUUGAGAAGAUAAACAUUAUCAAGAUAACAUUUUCUUCUUCCAUUGUUCGCUUUUUCCUCUUCAAAUAAUAAUAAUAAUAAUAAUAAUAAUAAUAAUAAUAAAAAUACCCAUGUAGCACAGU